UCCGCAGCGGAAGUAGGUCGGGAGGGCGUGGUGGUCGGGGCGGGACCCGCGGCCGUGUCCCUCCGCCGCCGGCUACGAGGCGGGACCCGCGUCGCCUCAGAACUGCGGCGGGCGUGGAGGCUGGUUGGUGGCAGGUGGCGGCAGAUCUCGCGUUCGGCAGCGGACUGUGGAUCCCGGCCACUUUCCGGCACCGGCAGCGGCGCCCCUUGUUCCGUGCACAACCCCAGCGUCCUGCCUGUGCGGCUUCCCGCGGAGGCGGGGCCACUCGGCGCCCCAGCCGGGCCACCAUGUCCAGCCCCUUCCUGAAGCAAGUGUUCAACAAGGACAAGACAUUCCGGCCCAAGCGCAAGUUCGAGCCGGGCACGCAGCGCUUCGAACUGCACAAGAAGGCGCAGGCGUCGCUGAACGCGGGGCUGGACCUCAAGCUGGCCGUGCAGCUGCCCCCCGGCGAGGACCUCCACGACUGGGUGGCCGUGCACGUGGUGGACUUCUUCAACCGCGUCAACCUCAUCUACGGCACCAUCAGCGACGGCUGCACGGAGCAGUCGUGCCCCAUCAUGUCGGGGGGCCCCAAGUACGAGUACCGCUGGCAGGACGAGCAGCGCUUCCGCCGGCCCACGGCGCUGUCCGCGCCCCGCUACAUGGACCUGCUCAUGGACUGGAUCGAGGCGCAGAUCAACAACGAGGACAUCUUCCCCACCAACGUCGGCACGCCGUUCCCCAAGAACUUCCUGGCGGUGGUGAAGAAGCUCCUGUCGCGGCUGUUCCGCGUGUUCGUGCACGUGUACAUCCACCACUUCGACCGCAUCGCGCAGAUGGGCUCCGAGGCGCACGUCAACACCUGCUACAAGCACUUCUACUACUUCGUCCGCGAGUUCGGCCUCAUCGACACCAAGGAGUUGGAGCCGCUGAAAGAAAUGACAGCAAGAAUGUGCCACUGAGAGCCGCGGCCCGAGGCAGCGCCUGGCACGAACGUCUGUGGAUUGGGAUUGCCGGGGCGGUCCUUGUACCCCUCCAUGGCCCGAGUCCCCGCGUUCAGCAGCACUGUUGAACUUGAAGCCUGCAGCCUCAGCUGGGAAAGCCACUGUUUGCAAACCACUUCAUCGCCAGGGGCUGCACCCUGCAGUCCUCCCCGAGCCCCCCCAAAGAGGUGCGGCACGGACUUGAAUGUGUCUGACCCCUCGCCUCUCUUACCCGCCUCGGAUCCUGGAGUCCAGGACAUGGUGGAAGACGGAUUUUCUGCUCCACCCCACGCCCCCUCCCCGCUCCACCCCAGCCCAGAUUGCAGGACCAGCAGCUUUUUCCCAUGGAGGAGGGAACCUCAGGAACCCGCCAGGGGGCACCGCGCUGGACCACUUGCCUCGCCUGCAUGGGGUCCUCGGGCUCCACCCCACAACCUCGACGUCAGAGUGCCAGCGAGAUAGAUGGUCGAGGGGGUCAGGGCGGCCAGCCCCAGUUCUAGCCAUGGUACCUACAGACCCCCCGGCACCGCCAAAGUUCCCCCAGCCCUGCAGGGUGUGACCCCUCCCCCCAGAGACUGGCCCCGCAUCCUCCGACCCGCACAGUCAAGGGCCCAGGUCGCCUGGCGCUGCUGGGGGCGGGGGGGGUCCCGCUGCCUGCCCCUCAACAUGAGCCCCGGCCCUGGUACUUGAUCCUCCUUCCCUCGCCCCAUCCCCUUCCCCGCACACACAGAGCCGCACCCCCAACUGCGGCUCGACCCUCCCCGCCUGAAUUCUCAGCAGCCCACACAAGGUCUUGCUUGUGUGACACCUUUACGGGGGGCGGGGCCGGGGCCACCACACCGCGCAGCCAUUGGUUCUCGGGCAUGGCCACGCCCCCGGCUCGGCCACGCCCCUUCCCUAGCUUGACUGGCGGCCCUCGGCUCCGGGGGUCCCAGACCCCGAACACAGCUCAGCCCCUCAGUGUGCGGGAACGCACCGAGCACAGGGCCCCCCACCCCCCACCCCGCUCAGAACAAGUGCAAUUAAUGUGGCCUGGGUCCUUCCAGAAAGUGCGGGCCCCGCCUGGACCCCGCCUGGACCCCGCGUGCCGGACCCCCGGGGACUUCAGGGAACCGACUGGUCCCUUGUAGUUCCUUUCCAGUGCCCAGCCAUGACCACUGUGUCCUCCGGCCGCCAUGGGCCACCGUUCUUCCUCGAGUCCCACCAGCGACGGGGGAAACUGGGAUAGGGAGAUCCCCGCGACCCUGCGUGUUUCCCAGGGCGAACAUUGGAAUAAAUUGCCGUUUCUCUGCCUA